CUAUUCUAUUUACAACUGUCAUAUAAUUUCUCAUAGUCUCUCAUUGGCUGAUACAUGAGGUUUUCUGUCAAUAUUCUAAAUUUAAUGGGUGCUACAUUAGUUGAAUUGGUGGAAAGUAGCUAAGUGUAUUUACUAAAUACUGAUUUUGAGGUACUUGUACUUUAUUUGAGUAUUUCCAUUUUCUGCUACUUAGCACCUACCUGAAAUUAAUUAAAAGUUUAAAUUUAAAAAUAACACUCUUAAAGGGGCUAGUACAGGGCGGUAUAAUGAAUAUUUUCUGAAUUACAAGAUGUUUGCUUGUAAUUAAGUAUUUACAGUGCGGUGUUGCUACUGUAAGUUACUUCUUCUACCACUGCUAACCAGCCCCUGCAGAGUCAAACUGACCAAAUGGAUUUUUUCUUUGAGGACCUACCAUCCACCUCACAGUCCACUCCCAAGAGCGGACAUGAAGAUUCACAGAUGACAGAAGACACAGACUAUGAUUCAUCUAGAGGGAAGUCCUCAAGCGUGAGCAUGACUGAGAUUCAAGAGCAGCAAACCAGUUCAAGCAUAGAUGACAUCAGCAGGAGAGUGCAGGAUCUGGUAGAGAAGAUUAACGACAGCCGCACCAGUGACCAGAAAGUGAUGGACAGCUUUCAGGGGAAGUUAGUGGAGAAGGUGACAGAGAUGUGCCAGCAGAUGAAGGAGCACAUGUACACGGUCUACGAAGAGAACAGUAAUGAGAUGCAGGUGAAGCUGCAGGAGUUGUCAGAGGUGCUGGAGAGUUGCGCUAAGCUCAACAAGGAGCUCCUGGAGGCCAGCCGGGCGCUGGCAGGUCUCAGAGAGGCCCUGGCUAUCAGCCAGACCUCAGAACCCUGAUAAACUAGAUAUUGUUCUGAUGCCCGUAUUAUUUUGAACUAGUCGAUGUGUUAUUCUGAAUCACUCAAUGUGUUCUUUUGUUUAUUAUUAUAUUGAGUAUUCAGAAUAGUUGACUUUGUCUAGAUUACUCCUUUGGUUCCUUCUUUCUUCUUCCUCUUUUUCCGAGAAUAUACAGUUGACUAUGUCUUUGUUUUUAGGACAGUAGUUCAGGUUACAGCUCAUGAUUCCAGUCAAGAACAAAAGCUGAAAUCCAUGUUUUACUUAUGUUCACAUUCAGUAUCUGUUGAUUCAAUAAAUACAACUACAACAAGAACAAAAUAAACCAAA